UGCAAAGAAGGGACCUUCUUUAUGUACAAAAACCAAACGCGUAUGUUUGAAUUUAUAUUAAUCGACAAAGUAAAAUAAGAACUUGUGCAUUUCGACUGUGAUUGUGUUAAUUAAUUAUCGAUUUUAUUAGUUGUUUUCAAGGAGUUCUCAAUUUUCUUGCGAAUCAUCUCGUCCGAAGCAGUGAUUAGAGCGACUCUGUGCGUACGAUCGCGCAACUAUUUGCAAGCCUGCAACUUGCGAGUCAUAAAAGACCACUGCAGAUUCGAACUGCAUUUUACUCGCGCAAGCGUAGAGAACGUGUUAUACACGCACACAUAAUAAAAUUCUAAUGUUCGGGGAAACAUUGAACUGCAGUCUGGACAACUGUUUACAGUGUACUAAUCGAAAAUAUACUUGCAACGCGUUGUUGUAAUUUAAGGAGAGUAUUUGUUCUGGAAAUUUUUCGAAUAUUCAUGCUCUAACAGUAAAUUUCCGAGUUCCUUCGAUGGAACGAAAAUUUUCCUGAAUGUUUGGAGAUGUCGGCCGGUUGAGAUCGUUUUGAAAACUGAGAUCAACGUUCGUAAAUUUCGUCAAAAAAUAGUUUUGUAAUCUAAAAACACAAUGGAUCCAGAACUUAUUGAAAAAUUCAUGGAAGUAACUGGGGAGACUGAGGACAUUGCUCGUCAGUAUUUAAGUCUUACCGAUGGUAAUGUAGAAACUGCAAUAACUUUGAUGUUCGAGGGAGGCCAAGCGUCUGAACCGGGACACACGGAUCCUGAUCCUGAGCCAGAAACAAGACCCCCUAUUUUACCAACGCAAGAGAUAUUGGUGCCAUCCGAUCCAGCUUGUUCUUUCCCCGGAAUGUCGGACAAUAGAUAUGAUAGAUUUAGAGACUUUGCAGUGGAAACACAACGACAAGAAGAAGAAAUGGCUCGUAGGGUAGCAGGAAUUAAACAAGCUAAGCACAAAUCUUAUAGAUUUGAAGACUUAUUUCGACGACCAUACAGUAUUCUCUUCUUAGGCUCCUUUUUUGGAGCACGUGAACAUGCCAAGUCAUUAAAUCGUUGGCUACUUGUAAAUAUCCAAAAUCCUCAGGAAUUUGCUUGUCAAGUUCUUAAUAGAGAUGUAUGGUCCAACCAACAGAUCGAAGAAAUUGUGAAAGAUCAUUUUGUAUUGUGGCAAGCUUUGUCGAACACUAAUGAUGGAAAGCGUUAUAUAGACUUCUACAACGUAUCUGAGUAUCCCUAUGUGGCAGUAAUAGAUCCUAGAACAGGGGAAUGCAUGCAAACAUACCAUCACAUUACUGUUGAAAUUUUGAUGUUUGCAUUGAAUGAUAUGUUAAGCUCUCAUCCAUCUCCAGAAUGUGUAACAAACGAAUCAUUUAGUUCAAAAAAAUGGAGCAACCAUACUGCAACAGCAACAACAACAAAUGAGAAUUCUGCAACUAAUUCAAAAAUAAGUAAUCACGAUAGUAAUACUAGAACUUCCAAACAUUUGAUCGAUAGCUUAAACGACUUAGACAGUUCCAAUAGCAUAGACGAUAUUCAGAGUUCAAGUUCAAGUAUGCCUGCCAAUGAAUCUCAAAAUACAAAUAAAAAGAAGAGGAUCGACGAACCAAAAUUAAAAGAAAAGAUCCAAGAAAGUCGGAAGGACGAAUCGUGCAAGCCAAAAUGUGAUUUAAACAAAGUUAAAUCAAGUAAUGAAACUAUAAGACUCUGCCUAAGAUUGCCAAAUGGUAAAAAAGAAACAAUAUCCAUGUAUGCAGCAGACACUAUAGAAGAUUUUAUAAAUAAAAUGGAAAUCCUGGGUUAUUCGUCGUCCGACCAUAGUUAUUUAGUACCAUUUCCAAAAACGAAUAUAGGAGAGCUUUCUCCCGAAAUACAUUUAUCAGAUACAAUACUAUCUCCAGCAAACACAGUAUUUAUAACAAAAUUAUAGUGAUUUGGUAUGUGCACUGCUUUCAUAUGCUGAAUAUUAUUUAUAUGUUAAUAGAUUUUGUUUACUAUUACAGAACAAGAUAAUGUACUGUAUUUAUUUUCUUUCGAUUACAAAUUGGGGUGUAUUUUAUGUUUAAAUAAUCUUUUGCAAUUUAAAAAUAGGUGGUACAUUUGUAAUUAUUGGCGCCAUGUGUGUUCAAUUGACAUACAGAUUUAACUAUAAUUUGCAUAUCCUUCAUCAUUGAAUGUUGAAAUAUUGUAAUGUGUCUGAAACUGGUUUCAGUAACAAUUAGAGAUUAAUUAAGACGAGAUCAUAAAAAAUGAAUUAUUUCAACAGUAACUAUUGGAGAUAUGAGACAUUGUACUUCCAUAAAGAUAGAUAUAAGUUUCAAAUGACUUCCACAGCUUUUGUUUCCUACAUUAAAAUAAGUUAUUACAUUUUAGUUGUGUUGCCUACAUGUUCUGUAUGUACCAUUAUUUUGUGUACUCUGUUUAAAUAUAUUUACCGAUACAUCUGCUAUGUAA